GGCUAAAAUUGCAAGUUCGGUAAAUUAUCUAGUCAAGAUCGACUCAAGAGCCCUAAAGAAAGAUUUCUUAAAGGAGGUGAACCCAUUUAUUGUAAAGAAUUUGAAUCUUCUCAUGUUUGAGUCACUCUCGAUGCUGAGAAGUAAUAUCAUCAACUCUCUAAAAGUAGGACGUUUCUAUCAAGCAAAGUCUUCGGAUGAAGCAGGCAUCCAAACCUUGAUUAGCACACUCGAGAUGAGAAUGAUAGCUGUUGUGAACACCUACGGUCGUAGAAAGAUGUCCUUGCGACACCUAUAUACUGGAAAGACACUUGCGAGAAAAGCUUUGAUGCACUAA